AUUUAACCUUUGACAGUUACGUGCGAUGUGUAACCGUGUAAACGUACCUUCAGCCGAAUACCUGAGUUACCUGAGUUUUCAUCACAGCAAAACAUGCACGGCUUGUGAUUGAGCAGAAAAUCAAGCAGUACCAAGCGGAAGGCAUCAUCAAAUAAAACCGCAGCGGCAAAACGAGCGAUUACGGGCAGCUGGGGAGCAUCAGAAAAUCCGACCAUUUUAGACAACACCAGCAGAAGUCGACGACCACAGCCAAUGAAAGAUGGCUUUUAGCUUCCCCGCAUUUAGCUACAUCGUGGCUCUCAUUAUUGACGCGUUUCUAAUAUUCUUCUCCAUCUUUCACGUGAUUGCCUUUGACGAGCUGAAAACCGAUUAUAAAAAUCCGAUCGACCAGUGCAACUCGCUCAAUCCGCUCGUCCUGCCGGAAUAUGGAUUACAUAUACUGUUCAACUUGCUGUUCUUAUUUUCGGGAGAAUGGCUAUCACUCGCCCUGAACAUUCCGCUCAUCGCAUACCAUAUAUGGAGGUACGCUAAUCGACCGGUUAUGUCGCAACCGGGACUGUACGAUCCAACGAGCAUUAUGAAUACGGACGUUUUGCGAGCAUGUUUGCGCGAAGGCUGGAUUAAGCUGGCGGUGUACCUGCUAUCGUUCUUCUACUAUCUUUACGGCAUGAUCAUGGCUCUAAUCGCUGCGUAAGCGACUCAACACCAUCAAACGACAAAGGAUAUUUGAGUAAGAUUUUGUUUUGUUAGUGAAAACGAUAGCUCUUUCGAGACAUCGAGGCCAUUGUGUCGUGUUAAAAGCAAAGCAAAGACUCGCUGCUGCAUCCUAUAAAGUAGUAUCAUCUCGGUUGAGCACCAGAAUGCAGUUUCGGGUUUUGUUUGGGGUUACACCAAACGCCUUCAUCCAGAACCGACCCGGGGAACUGCUCACUGAUCAUUCGAUUGCUUUCUGGAUUAGUGGAUACUUAUUUAUUCCGUUCAUUCAUCGCUGUGCAACUGAUGACAAUGGUUCAAACGGGACGAUCUUGACGAUAAUCAAAAGCGUUUCGAAACUCAGAUCAGCAUAGAUACAAUACGACAUUUAGCCAAUUCUAAUGACCAUAUAUAUACACACACACACAGUUUAUCUGUUUGAAUAAAUCAUACUGAGCGUUUUGAAAUGUGUAAUAAGGUAA